AUGCCCUCCCCCUCCUCCUGUCUCGGGCCUCGCCGUCUCCACGAUCUUUACAAAAAGAACCCCAAAUCCACACCUUUUGUGCCAUUGUCCCCGGACCCCGACGGUUCCCUUAUUAAAGGCCAUCUUCCCAACCAGACACAGCUAGUACUAGCACACUGCGUAGCAGGCAGCAAUGGUGGCUUCCUCUCCCCCAUAAAGCCACAGCCUGCGCUUCUUGGCGUGUUCUUGCCCCUUCCUCGUACGGAAGCCAUGGACAUGCCGGGGGAGGACGAGUACGUCUACGGCUACGAGUACGAGUUCGACUUGGAGAACCCCUUCACGAGCCCCGCCGACGAGCCGAUCGCCAGCCUCCUCGACGCCGAGGCCCACCACGCGCCCUCCGUGUCCGCCGCCGCCUCCGCCGUCCGCCGCGACGCCGCCCGAUUCAUCUCCAAGGUGCGGUACGACGGGGAGCUCGCCGUGCACCCGCGGGUGGCCUACCUCGCGCUGAACUACGUGGAUCGCUUCCUCUCCAAGGGCCAAUUGCCGUUCGAGCGCAAGCCAUGGGCGCCGCGGCUGCUCGCCAUCAGCUGCCUCUCCAUCGCCGCCAAGAUGCAGCGCGUCGACGCAAUCUCCAUGGACUACAUCCAAAGGGAGGAGGAGUUCAUGUUCGACGCGGUGACCAUCCGGCGCAUGGAGCGGGUGGUGCUGGGCGCGCUGGAGUGGCGCGCGCGCUCCGUGACGCCGCUCGCCUUCCUCGGCUUCUUCCUCUCGGCGUGCUUCCCUCCGCCGCGGCACCCGGCCCUGCUGGACGCCGUCAAGGAGCGCGCCGUCGACCUCCUCCUCCGUGCCCAGCCCGAGGUGAAGAUGGCGGAGUUCUCGCCGUCCGUGGUGGCCGCGUCGGCGCUGCUGGCCGCCGCCGGAGAGAUCGCCGUCGCCCACCUCCCCGCCUUCCAAGCCGCCGUGGCCGCUUGCCCCUUUGUAAAUAGCGUGAGCAUGAUAUUAUAA